GGCAAGAAAACAUUUUAUUGAAAGGCUUUUUGUGGGAUUACAGCCAAAUAUUAAAAAAUAAUAUAAAUUAAAAAUAAGCCCAAGUUCAUGUUAGUAUUUAGGGUUUUGUAGGUUUGUUUCUCCACGGAGAGCGUGUGAUUUAAACCAUAACCUUGUUUCACAAGACAAAUCGAUAUCCUUGCACAGACAAAGACUCAGAUCAACUACUGUUCAACCCGUCCAUCUAGAUGGUAGAUCUUGCGAUGAAGACAAUGGAUCUCUUAUGGGCUGUCUUCUUUUGGGCUGUCUUAAGAUACGCCCCGACAGUGGCUGUAGAGAUGUUGUUUGUCAUCUUGGUUAUCAUCGUGACCAUGCUCGGACUAGACAUUCUCCGCAUGUUUUUGACGGGCGUUUUUGCCGGUAAUGACUUGAAUCCGUUAGAGACCGUGGCUCAGGUGGAAGAAGAGCAGAAUUACGAGACAUCUGAAAAGAUUUUACGCGAUGUAGCCGAGAUUAGAUCAAAAAUAUCACAAAUUGAGAUUGAUGUUCGGCAAAUUAGGCAAAUAAUUUCUAUAUUACAAGGGAAGAUUGAAAGUCUUGAAAGCAAUCAGGAUGCGACUCUCUCGGAACUAUUUCGCUUAAUCCAAUUUUUAAGUGACGAAGGCAAUACAAGCACUAAAGUAUUAUAGGUGAUCAUUGAUUGUUUGGUCGCUCUUCAUGAUCGUUUUGGGGGAAAACUUCAUCCUUAAUUUUGCAGUUGAUAUUCUGAAAUGUUGUUUUGUUUUGACGUUGAUUGACCACUUAUCAGAUCAUUAUUUCGUGGAUGGUUUUUCACGAACUUUUGGUGUGUCUAAUAUUAAACUUAGCAGACUGUUAUUAUAAAUCAAUGGAAUUGGAAGAAAUCAACAAAUCAGUAAAAUUAGUCACCAAAAUGUCUUGAAAAAUCAUAUGUUUGUGUUGUUUACCAACUAUAUGUAAAAGCUGAAUUUUGGUUUCAGUUUUACGUCGCUAGCUAGAGUGCCAAAAUCUAAUAGCGUUGAAAUAAUCACUUGAGUUGCUUUGGCAUAUAGUUUUUUUACUCCAAAGAAAAAGAGAGAAAAAGUGUGAUUGAUUGAUAAAUCAAACUAUUUGAUAAGUAAUAUUACAAUCACAGUUCAAAACAAUAAUAAUAAUAAUGUAAGGUGUACCCAAGUAGGUUACUGAAACAAUGCACGCCGCAGUGGUCACACAUUGCAACCACAGUCGUCUAUCGUUUCAGUAACGCACUGACAAAUCUUCUGGAAAAAGCACGCUACAACGGCCAACAUGAUGACGACAACUACAACGAUGCUAGCUAUGAUAUAUUGAACAACGCUACUCAUCUUGUUCCUUGCAAACAAAAGUAGCGUUCAAGUUUUGAUUAAUGAAUGCCUUCAACAAAUCUAACCUUCUUUUGUGUUUGUCUUCUUCGUCUAGAGUUAUAUAUAGAGAGAGAUACACAUUAUAAGAACUAAAUAUUUCACAAUUCAUAAAAGUAAGGUAAACUGUAGUCAGAUAUUCUUCCGAAAAUAAGUAAACUUGACAUCCUCCAGUACAUUUAUAUGUACAUAUAUUUAUUUCUUUGUCAUCAAGGAAAUAAAUGAAAUGGCUUAAUAAGAUAAGGGAGAAAAAGAUUCAUAGAAUAUGCAAAAGAGUGAGGGUGGCAUCCUUAUUUUUUUUUUUUUUUUCGAAUCUUAGCGACAAACUUAGAUGAAAAAGAGUGACCUGUGGAUUCAUAGAAUAUGCAAAAGAGUGAGCUGUGGAUUCAAGUGAAGAUUAUCUGCGGAUCUCUCUAUUUCGAGCUAAUCUCUCUUUCUAACACUUCUAUCCUCUGCUUUAUUGUUUUCAUGUUAUUGUUGUUCAUCUUACCGUCUAGCAUACCUCCGGUUGAAAUCGUUGUAGCGUCUUGAAUUAAUGAAAUUGGUGACAAAAAAAAGCGACAAACUUAGAUAGAAGACAACAGCAAAUGUAAAACCGAUUUUUUGCUUGAAUAAAUUUAAAAUUCUUUCAAAAAAAAAGAAUGAGGGUGAUUUUCUUAUUAUAUUUUCAGAUGGAUGAACAAAAUACAAAGCUGUUGAAACUCUUUUGAACCUUGAUCUGGUCCUAUUGCAGAACCGUAUAUAACAUCAGAAUCUAUUCCUGCAAGGAAACCUCAUCACUUAUUUAGUCCAAAUCUAAAAAAAUUCAGGAACAGGAGAUAGUUUCAGUUCUUGCUUUCCGUCAGUGAUGCAACUAUCUUUGUGGAGAUGCAGUAAGCAGUAGACUGAAUGGUGAUCAUAGGGUUUACUCCAACAGCUGACGGCAACACACUCCCAUCGCAAACAAACAGCCCCUCUGCUUCCCAGCUCUCACCCUUCUCAUCCACCGCACAUUCCUCUGCCGUGCGUCCCAUCCUGCAACUACCCAUCUGGUGAGCCGAGAAGUAUGUCGUCCAGUACUCUCUCUUUGUGCUAACUCCACCAACCGCAUCAACUCCGUCUAGAAAUUCUUCCAUGGCUUCUCUUGUGAUUCCUUCACACUUUAUCCUCUGUCCAUUCCUGCAUAAUCGAAUAGUGAAAUGACUUAAAAGAGUUACUGCUACUUAGACCGAAGGGAUCAUAAACAUUUAUAGGUUAAUCUUGAUUUUAAAAAAA